GUGGGGAGGAGCGAGCAGAGUUUAUUCACGUGGAAGAGACAUAAAUCUUCAAGCCUAAAACCCCUAAAAAUUAUGUCUAAUCUCUCUUCUUCUUCGACUUCUCCGACUCUCUUAGGUUAUCUCAACCAGACAGCAAGAAAGCCUGUGAAAUCUGUUGAAAGAGGAGGAAGAUAAUGCAAGGAUCUGUAGCUGAGUCUGAAUCGGAAGGUGAAGAGUUGCAGAAUAAAUUCAAGGUCAAGCUCCUCUUCAAUGGCUCUCACUAGCAUGGUUUCCACCAUUCCUGUCUUCUUCUCCUUCUUCUUCCUUGUAAUCUCCAAUCUUCUUUUGAUUUCUGCGAAUUCUUCGUCUUUAUCACAAGAUAUUAGGAUUCAGGAACAAGACAAAGAUCCCUUUGUUGGGUUCAACAUUGGCACCGAUGUCUCCAACUUGCUCACUCCGGCGGAACUGGUCAAAUUCCUGCAAACCCAGAAAAUAAACCAUGUCCGUUUAUACGACGCUGAUCCAGAUUUGCUCAAUGCAUUGGCUAAAACCAAGAUACGUGUCAUAAUCAGCGUACCAAACAAUCAGCUUCUCGCAAUCGGAUCCUCCAACAGCACCGCUGCGUCGUGGAUUGGUCGAAAUGUGGUUGCUUAUUACCCUGAAACCUUAAUCACAGCCAUAUCUGUUGGAGACGAGGUCUUAACCACUGUCCCUUCCUCUGCUCCUUUGCUGUUGCCUGCAAUUGAGUCUCUAUACAACGCUCUUGUUGCUUCGAAUCUCCACACUCAGAUCAAGGUCUCUACGCCUCACGCAGCUUCAAUCAUGCUCGACACCUUCCCGCCUUCACAAGCUUACUUUAACCAGACUUGGCAUUCGGUUAUGGUCCCGUUGCUUCAGUUCUUGUCCAAAACGGGCUCUCCUCUGAUGAUGAAUCUCUAUCCUUACUAUGUCUAUAUGCAGAACAAAGGCGUGGUUCCCCUUGAUAACUGCUUGUUCGAGCCCUUGACUCCGGCUAAAGAAAUGGUUGAUCCAAACACUCUGUUGCAUUACACGAACGUGCUUGACGCUAUGGUCGAUGCUGCUUAUGUCUCGAUGAAAAACCUGAACGUGUCUGAUGUGGUUGUUCUUGUGACCGAGAGCGGGUGGCCUUGGAAAGGUGAUUCGAAAGAGCCACAUGCUACUAUCGACAAUGCUGAUACGUAUAACUCGAAUCUGAUCAAGCAUGUUUUCGAUAGAACCGGUACUCCUUUGCACCCGGAGAUGACCCCAAGUGUUUACAUUUAUGAGCUGUUUAACGAGGAUAAGAGGGCUCCUCCGGUUAGUGAAGCUAGCUGGGGAUUGUUCUCUGGGAACUCUACGCCGGUGUAUCUGCUUCAUGUAUCUGGAAGCGGAACGUUUCUUGCCAACGAUACGACAAACCAGACGUACUGCAUUGCUAUGGAUAGUGUGGACGCAAAGACGCUUCAGGCUGCGUUGGAUUGGGCUUGUGGACCAGGGAGAGCUAAUUGUAGCGAGAUUCAACCUGGGGAGAGUUGUUAUCAGCCGAAUAAUGUGAAGGGACAUGCCUCGUUUGCUUUCAAUAAUUAUUACCAGAAGGAAGGAAGAGCUUCUGGUUCAUGUGACUUCAAAGGUGUGGCAAUGAUCACUACUACAGACCCAAGUCAUGGAAGCUGCAUUUUUCCAGGAAGCAAGAAGGUUGGAAAUCGAACACAGACGGUGGUGAAUUCAACUCAAGUUGCCGCCGGCGAAGCCUCCUCAAGGAGUCUCUCAAGAUGCUUCUGCGUCAGUAUUAUGAUUCUUGUAACUUCUAUGUUGUUACCCUUCUGGUGAUUAAUCAUUUUUCCACGGUUUGAGUUUCAAUUGUAUUUUAUCAAAAUUUUGUAAUUUGUUGUGUAAUUCGUAGACUAUUUUAGUCUUUGUAUUGUUUCUUUUGUUUGUUGCGGCAAUAUGUUGUAUAAUAAAAUCUGUCUUCCUUAAUGUUUA